AUGAUGAUCAGUAUUUAUGGAGCUCUCUGGCACGUCGUCCUGUCUCACCUCCUUCCGGCUUUCUGCUCCACUGAUCGGCGAUGUGGGCUUCACGUCUCGGAGCUCGAGGGCUUCUCGCAGCCGGGGGAUAUAAUGAUGGGGCUGGUGCUGCCCCUACACACCGACAAAGUGCAUCACCAGAUCUCGUUCAAUGAAAGACCACCCAAGGUCGCGUGUACCGUGUUCCACUUCGAGGUUUUUCAAAGUCUCCAAAUCCUACGAUUCGCCCUGGAAGAAAUCAACGAGAAUCCAGAUAUUCUCCCCAACAUCACCCUUGGUUUCCAAGCGUAUGAUUCUUGUAGAGUUCUUGAGUUGGAUAUCAAAGGCUCUUUACAGUUAUUAACAGGAAAUAAAAGAAUCAUCCCGAAUUACCGAUGUCUUGGAGAAGAAGCUCCCCUCGGGGCCAUAAUUGGCCCCGCUGCCUCUACUCACUCAAUUCUCCUGGCUCAUAUCCUAGGACUCUACAGAUACCCGCAGAUCAGUCACUUAUCUACCAGUCCAGUCCUUAGCGAUCGGAUCAGAUUUCACUCCUUCUUCAGGACCGUCCCCAGUGAUGUCUUCCAGUCCCGAGGACUAGCACAGUUGGUGCUACAUUUUGGUUGGACCUGGGUUGGGCUUUUAGCGGCUGACAAUGAUUAUGGCCAGCAGGGAAUUCAGAUGGUCAAACAGCACCUAGUCAAAGCUGGAGUAUGCGUGGCCUUCACUGAGAACAUUCUUCCGAGUCAACCAGACCGCAAUGCUCCUCACAUAGUCAAGGUAAUGAAGAGGUCAACAGCUACGGCCGUGGUUAUCUACUCUGUAGGUAUUGAUAUGGUUGCAAUUUUGGAAGAGAUGUUGAGACAGAAUGUAACAAAUAAGAUACUCGUGGCCAGUGAAGGAUCGUCGGCGUCUACAAUAAAAGAGUGCACUGGAGAAGAAAAUCUAGAACAUUUUCAAAAUGGCUUUAAUGAUGUCUCCAAUUUAAGGAACACCUACAGUAUCUAUACUGCAGUCCACGCUGUGGCCAAUGCUCUGGAAGAUCUAAGAAACUGUAAUAAUGGAGAAGGCGAAUUUUCUUAUGACAAAUGUGCAAACAUUCGGGAUUUCAAGCCAUGGCAGGUUCUGUACUAUUUGAAGAAGGUAAGGGUCACGCUAAGAGGUGGGAGGGAGCUUUUCUUUGAUAAGAAUGGAGACCCACCAGCUGUCUACAUCAUUGUAAAUUUGCAACUGGGUCCAGAAGGCUCCAUACAAUAUGUCAAGGUGGGCAGUUACGAUACAACAGCAGCAUUUGGUCAAGUCUUCAACGUCAACCAAAGCGUCAUAAAGUGGGCAACUGGAGACCAACAGGUCCCUGUCUCGAUCUGCAGCCAGAGUUGUCCGCCUGGCUUCUGGAAGGCAGAGAAACAAGGAGAACCCAUAUGUUGCUUCCAGUGUCUACCUUGUCCCCAAGGGGAGAUUUCCAAUCAAUCAGAUUCUGUCGAGUGCAUCAAGUGUCCAUGGGAUAUGUGGCCAAAUCAUUGGAAAACCAGCUGUCUACCAAAGCCCGUAGAGUACCUUUCCUAUGAAGAUGAGUUGGGGGCGACACUGGCUGGAACCAGCAUCAUGUCUUCCUUAGUUCCUGUUGUCAUUUUGAGAAUCUUCAUACGUUAUAAAACCACCCCGAUUGUAAAAGCCAACAACUACUCUCUUAGUUGUCUUCUUCUAGUCUCAUUGUCCUUUUGCUUCCUCUGCUCUCUGGCAUUCAUUGGUUACCCUCAGCCUGAGAAAUGUCUUCUACGUCAGCCAGCAUUUUGCAUGUUUUUUUCUCUCUGCAUCUCAUGCAUAUUAGCCAAGACUAUCAUGGUGGUUGGUGCCUUCCUGGCCACAAAACCAGGCAGUAAUCUGAGGAAAUGGACAAGCCCUCGGAUAUCUCACCUGAUUAUCAGUAUCUGCUGUCUUCUACAAUUUAUCUUGUGCAUCACUUGGUUGAUGGUUGCUCCUCCUUUUCCAGAACGCAACACUCAAACUCAACCGGGACUCAUCAGUCUUGAAUGUAAUGAGGGUUCACCUGUUGCCUUCUGGUCCAUGUUGGGGUAUCUUGGUCUCCUGGCCAGUACAAGUUUUUUCGUUGCUUUCCUGUCCCGAAGGCUUCCCGACAGCUUCAAUGAGGCAACAUAUAUCACGUUCAGCAUGCUCGCUUUCCUCAGUGUUUGGUUUUCUUUUAUCCCUGCUUCUCUGAGCUCAAGAGGAAAGUAUACCCAAGCCAUGGAAGUGUUUGCCAUCAUGGCCUCCAGCUGGGCUCUGGUUUUUUGCAUGUUUGUCCCCAAGUGUUUAAUUGUAUUGUUUAAACCAAACAUGAACUCCAGGAAAUAUCUCAUGUCGAAAGACAGAGGUGACUUUACCUCUCAAUGUACUGAUAUAUCAGAAACAUGUAUGUGAAUG